UAUUAUCAAUUCAGGAAAUACAGAGUGUAUUUCCCCUCAUCUGGAGCGCACAUCUCUCACCAGAGCAUCUUACUACUUCUUCCUCGGGACCUCAAUGGGUUGGAUGAUGCCCACCUACACUGAAAAAGAUUUGACACUAAUGAAUAACUCUGGGAACUGAGUCUCCAAGGCCAGCAAAGAUUUCUAAAGCAAGCAAAUCCUUCCUGGCCUCAAGAGAUAUGAAGACUGAUAAUGCUUUGCUUCCAGACAACUUCUCUGCCUUUGGACAUGGUUUCAUCAAUGUAGGUGCAAGGUUUAAAUUUUCUGAAGGCUCCCUCCUGCUCAAGAGGAUCAUUAGGUAGAGUAAACUUCCAGGAGGUGAAUAUAAAACUGUGAGGUUAUUCAAGCAAAAUCAUCAAAAAGAUCCAACCAGGAGAAAACGUGAGAAAGUGAGAGAAAUACCAAAGAUGAGAAAAUGAAAAUCCAUGAGGAAUUUGACUAUUCAUGAUUCUGAAACUAAGGAGAAAGUGUGAUAAGGAAAGAAAUUGAUACAGUGGGGAAAAAAAGAACUCAAGAUCGGAAAUUCACAAAGGGAAUGCCCUCAUGUUGCAGUGAUGCAGAAUCGAACUUCAGUCACUGAAUUUAUGCUUCUGGGAGUGACAGACAUCCAGUCACUGGAGCCUUUGCUCUUCGUGGUUUUGCUGAUCAUCUACUUUGUCAAUGUAAUUGGGAAUGGAGCCAUCUUGCUGAUUGUCACCUCUGAUCCUAAACUCCAUUCACCAAUGUAUUUCUUCCUGGGAAAUCUCUCUGGUCUAGAUAUCUGCUAUUCCACAGUGACACUGCCAAAAAUACUGGAGAACUUACUUUCUACACACAAAGCAAUUUCUUUCUAUGGAUGUAUAACUCAACUUCAUUUCUUCCAUUUCUUUGGGAGCACAGAGGCCAUGUUAUUGACUGUGAUGGGCUUUGACCGUUUCGUGGCUAUCUGCAAACCACUUCAUUACAAUGUCAUCAUGAAUCGUCAACUCUGUAUAAAGAUGAUUAUCACUAUUUGUAUUGUUGGUUUUUCCCAUGCCCUGAUGGAGUCUAUAAUGACCUCUCGUUUGAACUUCUGUGGUUCUAAUCAUAUUCAUCAUUUCUAUUGUGACAUUAAGCCAUUGCUGGAUCUGGCCUGUGGGAACAUUGAGCUCAACGAGUGGCUACUCAAUACUGUCACAGGAACGAGUGCCAUGGGCCCAUUCUGUCUAACACUGCUCUCUUAUUUCUACAUUAUCACCUAUCUCAUCUGCAAGACCCGUUCUUGCAGCAUGCUUCAAAAGGCACUGUCCACUUGUGCAUCACACUUUAUGGUAGUUAUUCUUUUUUAUGGCCCUGCUGCCUUCACUUACAUUAGUCCUACUUCAGGAAGCUCCAUGGACCAGGACCGGAUGGUUGCUAUCAUGUACACUGUGGUCACUCCUGUUCUAAAUCCAUUGAUCUAUACUUUGAGGAACAAAGAGGUAAAGGGGGCAUUGAGUAGGGUAAUCAGGAAAAGACUCUGA